GCCCCCCGCAUGCCCGCUCAGUCCGCACGCCGCGCGCCGGCCAGCCGUCCCACGCGGCGGGCGAGGAGCCCCGCCCCUGUCCCACGCCGCGCCCCCGGCGGCCAAUAGAAAUGGUCUGCGGGGCACCGCCUCGACACGCUAUACACGGACGAGCCAAUGGGCGCGCUCUGCGGCGAGCGCCGCUCCUGCCGCGGCUUCUUAGCCAGCCAAUGGGAGUGGCUGGCGUAUCCCUCCAGGGGGCGGAGCGGGCGGCGCGGGCGCGGAGCUCUGGGACGCUGUGCGGGCGCGGGCCUUCUUCUCACGUCGGCGGUCCUCGCGGGCGCGGUCUCGGCUCCUGCCCGGCGUAACCGACGGAUGAUGGGGGCUCUGGGCGUCCGACGCGGCCUGGAGUGGCUACUGGGCCUCUACUUCCUCUCCCACGUCCCCAUCACUCUGCUCUUGGACCUGCAGGUGGUGCUGCCGCGCGAAUUCUACCCGGUCGAGCUGACAAACCUGCUGAAGUGGUAUACUAAGGAGUUCAAAGACCCUCUGCUCCAGGCCCCCCCAACAUGGUUUAAGUCCUUCCUGUUUUGUGAGCUUGUGUUCCAGCUGCCUUUCUUUCCCAUAGCGACGUACGCCUUCUUAAGAGGAGGCCGCAGGUGGAUCCGCACCCCUGCAAUCAUCUACUCAGUUCACACCAUGACAACUCUAAUUCCAAUUCUCUCCACGUUUCUAUUUGAUGAUUUCUCCAAAGCCAGUGGUUUCAAAGGACAAGGACCUAAGACUUUCCACGAACGACUUACCCUCUUAUCUGUCUAUGCCCCCUACUUUCUCAUCCCUCUUAUGCUUCUGCUUUUCAUGUUGUGGAGCCCCUACUACAAGUAUGAGGAGAAAAGAAAGAAAAAAUGAGAGAAAUAAUGACUGGCCUGGUGGGGGGGUGGGGAGAUGCCCAUAGGGCAGUUUUCCGGUUGGACCCAGUAUGAGGAAAACUGCUCAGAACCCAUGUCUUCAGUAGCAUUUGAAACCCACCAGUGACACAGAAAGAACAAGACUCUGGCAGGAGCCACAUCAGAAGCCCCCCCUCCUGAGGACAGUGGCGCAAACAGACCAGUCACCUGAGCACGGACUGAAGGGUGUGGGCUAGGUUAUAGGGAAGUGGUGCCAAAUACCUCACCGUGUGCCCAAGUUCCAUCGUGAGCAGGACCAGACCAGAUCCUGUAUAAACUUCCAAGAAACGUGGCCUGCUUGGCACCUGACCCACAGUGCCCAUGUGAUUAAACCCCUGACUCCUGAUUCUCCGCAGCAUAUCCUUUAUCAGCAAAAUGAAGAGUGGGAUUUUUCAGGUCAUUUUUAAGUUUGAAAUUAUGCCUCUUUAAUAUUCAUUAAAAACUGUAUCAUGGGUUUUUUUGCCACCACCCUUGGUUGGGGACAGGUUCUGCAAGAGGCCUAAACUUGGUUUUACUCAAGGGUCAGCUCUGGCCUGACGUUCAGAAAUGGAUUAAGCUGGAAGGUGUUUUGUUUGUGUCUUAAACAGGUCAUCCCAGAAAAGAUUUUUUUUUUUUUAAUCAUCUCCUGAUUCAUUCUUUCCAUACCUUAGUCUUCUCUGUUUUUACAGACCACCUGACAUAAGUCCCUUCCCUCUGAGGUCUGGUGUCUCAAACCUGAUCUGGGAGUGUGCUUCCUGUUGGAUAACUUCACCCUUCCUGAGAGUUUCAUCAUCCAUCCUGGCCUGUUCUCAAAGUGGAAGGGCAGCUGGGCAUGAGAUGUCCAUUGUGUAAAUGCAGGGUCUCUUCACUGGUUCCUUAGCUUUCUCUAAAUUUGUACUCGAGGUCAACUCAAACACACACACACACACCUGUGAACACACAUGGAAAAUGAUAACUGGUCCUGUCUGGUUCCCUCUUUAAGUCUGUUUUGGUCACAAGCCAUAUUGUUCUGAUUGUUGGGAGUAUCAUCUGACUCAUGUGUCUGGUCCAAAUAAAGGUCCCUGCUGACCACUGCCUGGUUUGUUUUGUGGAUGAGGGAGGGGCUCAAGAGUCCAGAGUUCUCUCAAGAUGUUAAAUGUACACUUUAAGGGCACCAGGAAAAGAGGUAGAUCAAGCCAUCUGAAAACAAUAAUUUAUUGCUCUUCCUUUCCAAAGCUUUGAAUUUACAAAAAAAAAUCAUUUACAGACUGCUCCGUUCAGGCUAAGAAUGCCAAGAGCUGAGAGCCUGGACCCCCGUGGCCACAGGUGUUCACCAGCAGCUGCGCACGGACAUCUGCAACAAGCUCCCCAGAUUUGUUUCCUGCCUUCAGAGAUGCUGCGUGCGUUACACACCAUCUCUCAGGAUAUACGUGGGCCAUUAGACAAGUCACAGGAACAGUACAGAGGUUUUUUGGGGUCUUAUUUUUUUUGCCCUUCUAUAAAAUGAAAUUUUCAGUUCAUUUCUGAAAAAUAAAUUGGUCAAUAAAUUCA